AUGCUGUAUCAGGCCAGGCCUGCCGCCGGCUCUCUUUCAGCUUCUUCAUCGGCGGUAUCGUUAUCGGACCGUGCGCUAAGCACCUCUUCUGACUCCUCGAGGCCUUCUACACCACGCACUUCCGCCAGUGAUGAUGAUUCCUGGUCCAUUGUGUCAUCCAGCCUAGAUUUUGCCGAAUCUGCUUCUUCGGGGGGUGUUGUUUCGUCCUCAGAUGAGGAAGAAGAACCUGUAGAAGCGCUGUUGCCGCACCCAGCCGACUUCGGCAGAACUGCAGAUGCCGAUAAUGCCAGCAACUUCACUCUGGAUGGUUCUGAGAGCCAAGAGAGGUCUUUUAGCCUGCCAAAAAUUGAUUUCAGGAGAUAUGACAGGCAUGUCGUGCAGCGGAUUGAGCCCAAUCACCUUAAAAGGCUUCUUUGGUCGCUUGGGUUACUUGGAUUCCUGUUCCUGGAGCCAAUUAUCACACAGAAACUUUUUAUCAGGAACACCGCAUUGGUUCCGGUGGCCCAACCAGCUGCUCUUGCUACCAGAGACCCGGGAAUUGUAAUUGUGACUGAGUCAAACAGACAUCCACAACUCACAGUAGGGCCUGGGGCGGGGAGUUCGUUGGAUUCUACUCGCUGUGCAAGCUUUGGUGAGAUCUGUGAUUGUUUGUCGGGUUAUCUUGAACAUAAAUUUCGCUUGGCAAUAGGUGCGACCAAUCAUUAUGUUGAGGAGUCGAAAGUGCAUGCUUUUGAAGCUAAAGAAGCCGCUCAAUUGUACUACGAAUCAUUUGCGGCCUAUUCUUCUGAAACCAUGGGAAAGCACGGCCCAAAACCAGGCUCUCGUGUUUAUGUUAUUGGCCAGUUUUGCACCGCUGGUGCUGACUCUGUGAGGCGGUAUGCUGCACCAAAGGUUAACAGUGCUCUGGCUACUGCUUCGCCAUAUGUGGAUGUUUUCGGCAAAAAGGCAGUCGAUGUCAUCACAGCCGUGGCUCAGGUUGCUGCUGCCGAUCUGAGAACUGCUGCCUGGAAAAGCAGAGACCUGUGGGCUGUAGCAAAUGAGUAUGGCUCAGCUGCAAUUGCUUCGGGUAAGCAUAAGGUAGCUGCCGCCAAGACAACGACUCAUGGGUCCCUCUCCAAGAGUGCUGCCUCUUUGAAGACUACUCUUGAACUUUCCAAGGCUAAGGUGAGGGAACACUGGCCCGUUGUCCGUUCCAAAACCGAGGCUUCUGUUUCUAGAUUAUCUUUGAAGUUGUCCGAUAAUUUGGACAAGACUCUCAAGAGCUCGGAGGCAAAGAUCCAGCAAUUGAGAACACGUUCAGAGCCUGUUUUCAUGCAUAUUUGGACCAAGGCUUUGCUGGGAGCUGAUUCGACCUGGACUAAGGCUUCUUCUAAAGCCGCUGGCGUCUGGGAAUUGAUAUCUAGAAUGGAGUCAAAGGACCAUGAAGCUGCUGUUUCUAGCUGGUUUAAUGGCCUUUGGGCUGGUGAGGAGAAGAAGGAGGAGGUGGAAAAGUGGUGGAAGCCGCACUGGGUUUUAAACUGGUGA